AUGGAUGUCUGCGGAAUCACCAUCAGCUCUCGUCAGUACGACGAGAUCGCCGAGCGCAUGGGCGAAGGCUUUACCGCCGAGGCCCUCAAGCACCGCUUCAGAAAGAUCAAGGCUCAGGCUGGUACGGGUGGCGGCAAGAGCGGCGGCUCUUCCCCGCGCAAGGCUGCCACGCCCAAGGCCAACAAGACGACCGAUGCCGCUUCCAAGUCCAGCAACAAGACUCCUCGCUCGUCCACCCGCAAGCGCAACGCCAAGAACUACGCCGAGCCCGCUACUGACGAGGAAGAUGCCGAGGAGGAGAAGAUCCCCGAGUCGCCCACGAAGAAGAUCAAGAAGGAGCAAAAGGAGGAUGACGAGGAUGACUCUGGCAUCGGCGCCGCUGAGUCAUACUUUGACGCGCAGCCGGAGCAGGUCUAG